CAAACGGUCCUACCUCGCUGCACUUUCUAAUCAGAAAGCUUGCUUUCAAUUUGCUUCGCAGAUAAAUCACCCACAAGAGAUUAAAGAAACCGGGAAUUAUCGCGCCCUCUUGAUCACAUGGAACUGAGCUGGGAGAUAGUGCUCUGCGUGGGCAUUGCGGUGCUGGUUCACAUUCUGGUCUACCUGUUCGUCAUGGGCAAGCGGCCGAGAAGCAUUGUGGGUCGUCAUGUGGUGGUCACCGGCGGAUCCAAGGGCAUCGGACUCUGCCUGGCGGUGGAGUGCGCCAUGAAGGGCGCCAACGUGACGGUGAUAGCCCGCGACGAGAAAAUGCUGAGCGGAGCUGUGGCACUGAUGGAAGUAAUCCGCCAGCGGCCAGAUCAAAAGUUCCAGUACAGAAGCCUGGACAUUGGCGGCGACUAUGAGCAGGUUUCCCGCGUGCUGGGCGAGAUCGAGGACAGCUUUGGUCCCAUAUACACGCUGAUCAACUGCGCCGGCUUGGCCAUUUGCGGUGUGUUCGAGGAGGUCUCUGUCCAGGAUAUGCACAAGCUGAUGAACGUGAACUUCUUCGGCAGCUACAACUGCACCCGGUAUGUCCUGCCCAAGAUGAAAAAGGCGGGCGAGGGCAUUAUUGUGAUCACUGCAUCGCAGGCGGCCAUGUUUGGCAUCUACGGAUACGGCCCCUAUUCGACAACCAAGUACGCCCUGAGGGCCAUGGCCGAGACGAUAGCCAUGGAGUCCCGGGAGCACGGGGUCAGCGUGACUUUGGCUAUGCCCUGCGAUACGAACACACCCGGUUUCGAGGAGGAAGAGAAGUCCAAGCCAAGGGAGACCAAAAUAAUCUCUGGCGGAGGCGGCCUGAUAGAGCCGGAAGUUAUGGCCAAAGCUAUUCUCAACGAUGCCUUGAAGGGCAACUUUACCUCAACGGUUGGCGCGGAAAGCUGGCUAAUCACCACUUUGGGCGGAGCACUACUCCCUUGGGAUGGCUUCUUCACUAAUCUCCUGCACUCCAUCGUUUUGGGACCCUUGCGAUUAGUUAGCUACGGGCUGCACAAGUACUUCAACAGUGUCAUACGCAAAUGCGCUCGAGAGGAUAAGGCCAAGGCUGGCUCUGAAGUGCAAGCCAAGUGAAGGUUUAAUCGUCUCGACGCCUCUUUAGUAUUCCAAGUGCCCAGUACAUUAUAUAACGUUUUCAUCGUAAAUCACAAAGUGCCAUUAUUUUGCACGUAAAGCGUAUAUUCCAAAUAUUCAGAUGACUCGUAUUUAUUAGCCACUUUUACAUUUUUUUUAUUGCCUUGCUAAACCUAACCAUUUGUAUUGCGUUUUUUAGCCAAGAUUACGUCUGCUUCAGUUGUUGGUGUAAGUUUCAUUUGAAUAAAAACAAAGUGUUACGUUUGCUGAGAAAA